AUGCAGCACACAGUGUCCUCAGUCAGGCUACCCUUUAGAGAGGAGAGUGUGAUGAGAACAGCCGAGACACCAGAGAGACACACAUCUCCCAGGGUAUCUCCACAAGCAUCUUCUGUGAUGAUUGAUGAUCAGGUGACUCAUGCGGCGGCUUCUGAAAGAUCACUGAUGACCUCAACUCUGCAUUCAUAAGAUUUUAAGUCUGGUGAGAUAUUCUACUUGAAUUAACUCAUAAAUUGUUUGAUUUGAUGGGGGUAAUGUUCAUAUUUAUAGUGAAUGUAUAGAUAUGGGAAUGAAACAAGGCUUAAGCCUUACAUUGGAUACUAUUGUUAUAAGCAUAUGUAUAGCCUACUUAUAAGCCUAGUUUUGAAAAGACCAUCGUCCAUAUUUAUAUUUUUCAGUAGGUGGCACUGUGUCUGAGGAUAGGUGUGUGGCUGUACAGAAGGGCUUCUCUGGGACAUACAGUUGAAGUCGGAAGUUUACAUACACCUUAGCCAAAUAAAUUUAAACUCAGUUUUUCACAAUUCCUGACAUUUAAUCCUAGUAAAAACUCCCUGUCUUAGGUCAAUUAGGAUCACCACUUUAUUUUUUAGAAUGUGAAAUGUCCGAAUAAUAGUAGAGAGAAUGAUUUAUUUCAGCUUUUAUUUAUUUCAUCACAUUCCCAGUGGGUCAGAAGUUUACAUACACUCAAUUAGUAUUUGGUAGUAUUGCCUUUAAAUUGUUUAACUUGCGUCAAACGUUUCGGGUAGCCUUCCACAAGCUUCCCACAAUAAAUUGGGUGUAUUUUGGCCCAUUCCUCCUGAAAGAGCUGGUGUAACUGAGUCAGGUUUGUAGUCCUCCUUGCUCGCACACGCUUUUUCAGUUCUGCCCACAAAUGUUCUAUAGGAUUGAGGUCAGGGCUUUGUGAUGGCCACUCCAAUACCUUGACUUUGUUGUCCUUAAGCCAUUUUGCCACAACUUUGGAAGUAUGCUUGGGGUCAUUGUCCAUUUGGAAGACCCAUUUGCAACCAAGCUUUAACUUCCUGACUGAUGUCUUGAGAUGUUGCUUCAAUAUAUCCACAUAAUUUUCCUUCCUCAUGAUGCUAUCUAUUUUGUGAAGUGCACCAGUCCCUCCUGCAGCAAAGCACCCCCACAGCAUGAUGCUUCCACCCCCGUGCUUCACGUUGGGAUGGUGUUCUUCAGCUUGCAAGCCACCCCCUUUUUCCUCCAAACAUAAUGAUGGUCAUUAUGGCCAAACAGUUCUAUUUUUGUUUCAUUAGACCAGAGGACAUUUCUCCAAAAAGUACAAUCUUUGUCCCCAUGUGCAGUUGCAAACCGUAGUCUGGCUUUUUUAUGGCGGUUUUGGAGCAGUGGCUUCUUCCUUGCUGAGCGGCCUUUCAGGUUAUGUCGAUAUAGGACUUGUUUUACUGUGCAUAUAGAUACUUUUGUACCUGUUUCCUCCAGCAUCUUCACAAGGUCCUUUGCUGUUGUUCUGGGAUUGAUUUGCACUUUUCGCACCAAAGUACGUUCAUCUCUAGGAGACAGAAUGCGUCUCCUUCCUGAGCGGUAUGACGGCUGCGUGGUCCCAUGGUGUUUAUACUUGGAUACUAUUGUUUGUACAGAUGAACCUGGUACCUUCAGGCGUUUGGAAAUUGCUCCAGGGAUGAACCAGACUUGUGGAGGUCUACCAUUGAUUUCUUUUGAUUUUCCCAUGAUGUCAAGCAAAGAGGCACUGUGUUUGAAGGUAGGCCUUGAAAUACAUCCAUAGGUACUCCUCCAAUUGACUAAAAUUAUGUCAAUUACCCUAUCAGAAUUUUCCAAGCUGUUUAAAGGCACAGUCAACUUAGUUUAUGUAAACUUCUGACCCACUGGAAUUGUGAUACAGUGAAUUAUAAGUGAAAUAAUCUGUCUGUAAACAAUUGUUGGAAUUAUAUGUGUCAUGCACAAAGUAGAUGUCCUAACCAACUUGCCAAAACUAUAGUUUGUUAACAAGAAAUUUGUGGAGUGGUUGAAAAACGAGUUUUAAUGACUCCAACCCCUAAGUGUAUAUAAACUUCCGACUGUAUAUCCCUAUGGAUACACUCCCAGCAGACAUUUCCUAUCACAACAUGGCCCAUGGAACUACACAGACUGAGGAGAGACUAGCAUUCCAUGGAACUACACAAACUGAAGUUUCAGCAUUGCAUGGAACUACACAAACUGAGGAGAGACUAGCAUCACAUGAAACCACACAAACUGAGCUUUCAGCAUUGCAUGGAACUAAACAAGCUGGAAGACUAGGGGCACACCGAACUAUACAAAUUGAGGAGAGACCAGCGGCCCAUGGAACUACACAAACUGAAGAGGGACCAGCCUCCUCCCAAACAUCACCCUCAGCCUCUCCUCUGCCUGGUAAUGUUGGAAGAAUUACUCUGUUCUUUAUAUGUUCUAUUCUUUGUGUGAGAAUGUGAUAUUAGGUAAUUCGAUGAUCCUGUCUGGGGAAAUGAAAUGAAAUGGCUGAUAUGUACAUGACACCAGUUUGUGUAUAAUUAAAAAAAUGUUUUAUGUUUUCUCACUACAAGAGUAACAUCAGAAUACAGAAGAAGAACUGGGGUUGGUUCCUUCACCUGCUGAGGAUGUUGUUGAAGUAGCAGAGUGGGUCAAACCAGACAAUAUAGAGACCAGCAAACCAUCAGACUUGGUCAGUCCUCAAUAUGUAAAGAAUGUGCCAAUAACAGAAUUGGUCAGUCCUCAAUAUGUAAAGAAUGUGCAAAUAACAGACUUGGUCAGUCCUCAAUAUGUAAAGAAUGUGCAAAUAACAGAAUUGGUCAGUCUUCAACAUGUAGAGAAUGUGCCAAUAACAGAAUCCUCAAAAACAGAAUCCUAGAAAAUCCUCAAGAUGAGGAGAGUGUCGAAACAACAACUGUGUAGGUAACUACCAACCCCCAGCUUAAAGACACUACCAAUGCUCCACACUGUCCUGGGGCAGAGACACCAGAGAUGGUCCAGGAUGACCAAACUACCAAAACACCAGAGGAGGAGUCUGUCCAGUAUUUCACACAACUUUGCUGGAAGAGCAUGUAUAGUUUUACCCUCUUCCUAUUUCAGCAGUGGAGGAGCAGCAGAACUUCCAGCAUGUCCCCAUUGGUGCAGGACACAUAACUCCAGAUGUGGACCCUGCUCUGAAAAGCUCUGUCAACCAAGUCUGGACACUGUAUCAUUUUGCUCAAGAGACCGGCAAAGGGAGCCUGUCUAUGAGUGUGUUGUCCCAGCCAUCCUGCAAUGGCUGUGCCUACAUUGAAAGUGUUAGUCCAGAGGAUGUCUUUUUGGCAAGGAGGACCUCCCGCCAUUCAUGUCUAGACUCAGGUCAACUCAGGAGUGGACAAGGACAAUCAGGCCAGACCGCUCAGACUGUCAGCAAGUUAGACACUCAGGACACUCAGCAAAUCAACAUCCCCAACUAUCUCCUUGUGGAACGUUCAGCCCCAACCUCGGAUAUAGCUUCUUCCCAAAAGAAAAAUCCAGUUGAUCAACAGAGUUGUGCGGCCAACAGGGGACGAUGUAUUGUCUUCCUGUCCUUCUCUGUGCCGAUUGACAGUUUCUGCGGAGGAGACAGGAGCUGUCCACCACAAUUUCAUACAGGCAAUCAACCCAUCCAGACCUUGUGCAGAUGAGGAGGCAGAGAGGACAGACGCAUGCCCGACAACUUCACGUGCCAACUUGGAAUGGUCUUUCAAAAUCAGCAUAAACGUUAACAAAAUAUAAUGCCAUGCUGUCCUCGUGCAAAAUAAGAUAUAGGUGAAUACUAUAUUGUGUUUAAUGCAUUGAUCACAGUAUUGCAGUAUGUUAUUUGUCGUUAUAUUAACCUUAUGUAUACAUUUCCCCCCAAAACAGGACAGACGGUGGGGGAUGAUAAAGUUGACCAAGAAAAGUGACGGAACAAAUGAAGUUUUUUCCAUCCGCAUUGAAUUCUUAUAAUAAGUGCAAUUAAUCUGAAUCUGCAGUUUUCUUUUUGUUUUUGCAUGGGUGAAUUGAGUGUAUUUCUUUUGUAAACCGUAACAUGUCAACUGACAUUUGCAGAAAUGUAAAUAAUCCAGAUUUGUUUCCCCCUCUAUUUAGUUGUGAAAAUGACAACUUGCCCAAUAAGCUUUUUUCUGCUACACACAUGAAAGUUUGACUGUAAAAUACAAGAGUAUUUGUUAUAGCUAACUAGCUUUAGAUUUUUCGAAAAACAAAGUAUUAAUCAUAGACAACUUUGGGAAAACGCGGUGGUUUUAUAUUAUGUGCGGCAAAAUCGGCACCAAGGGCGGCGCCUAUUUAGCUAGUAGGCCUAGUUAGUGCAAUGAGCAAGAAAUAUUUUUGCGGGCGCUGUCCAUGGUGCUGAUUCAGAAACGCAUAAAAAACAGCAGUUCAUUUUGUUUGGUUUCCCCCGCGACUAAAAUAAAAUGGUUCAAGGGUUCGUCACAGAUUUUACAAGUGUAAUUGAUUGACUGAUUAUUUUAUUGAUUAUUUGAUGGAUUUAUAUGGCAGAGUGGUAUAUUGUCCCCCCGGUCAGCCAGUGCUGCCUCGGUGCCAUCAUCAGCUCCGCUGCCACUGCCCCAGUGCACUCACCAGCACCUCAGUCCUUCUAGCAGCUGCAUGCAAGUGGCACCAACCAUGGGGUCCUCUUGCCAAUAUGGAGAGCAGAGCCCUUCCUCACUGUGCAUCCCUGUGCCUGUCCUCUCCAGCCAGUUUGUCUCCCUUCACUACAGGCCCAGGCAGAGACCCAGGACGGCCAUAGAUGUUCCCGGCUGCAGGAGCCAGUACCUGCCCACAUCCAGACGGCUCAACUGCACUUCCUCUUCCUGCAACGUGAAUGACAGCUCCAGCUGGGGGCCAGAGCUCGCUUCCCAGGUGUCCUAUCAUGGAGGACAUCGAAGACAGUGUGGGAGUGUCUUCGAUGUAGAGCCAUAAGCUAGUCAUUGCACGUUAGGAAAAUGAGACCAAAUACUCAACUUUUGACUACUUUAAUACACAUAAGUGAACUUUGUCCAAAUACUGACACCUUCAAAUGGAGGGACUAGAUACAGGAAACCAUAACAUAAAGUGUCUUAAUAGGGCGUUGGGUCACCAUGAGCCACCAGAACAGCUUCAAUGCACCUUGGCAUAGAUUCAACAAGUUCUGGAACUCUAUUGGAUAUGAAUUGUUUAAUUAACUUAGUAACCACACCUGUGUGGAAGCACCUGCUUUCAAAAUAUACUGAACAGAAAUGUAAAUGCAACAUGCAACAAUUUACAGUUCAUAUAAGGAAAUCAGUCAAUUGAAAUACAUUCAUUAGGCCCUAAUCUAUAGAUUUCACAUGAAUGGGAAUACAGAUAUGCAUCUCUUGGCCACAGAUACCUUUAAAAAAAAGGUAGGAGUGUGGAUCAGAAAACCAGUCAGUAUCUGGUGUGACCACCAUUUGCCUCAUGCAGCACGACACAUCUACUUCGCGUAGAGUCGAUCAGGCUGUUGAUUGUGGCCUGUGGAAUGUUGUCCCACUCCUCUUCAAUGGCUGGCAAAAUUUCGGGAUAUUUGGUAGAACGGGAACCGUCUGUCGUACACGUCGAUCCAGAGCAUCCCAAACAUGCUAAAUGGCUGACAUGUCUGGUGAGUAUGCAGGCCAUGGAAGAACUGGGACAUAUAUUUUCAGCUUCCAGGAAUUGUGUACAGAUCUUUGCAACAUGGGGCCGUGCAUUAUCAUGCUGAAACAUGAGGUGAUGGUGGUGGAUGAAUGGAACGACAAUGGGCCUCCGGAUCUCAUCACGGUAUCUCUGUGCAUUCAAAUUGCCACCAAUAAAAUACAAUUGUGUUUGUUGUCCGUAGCUUAUGCCUGCCCAUACCAUAACCCCACCGCCACCAUGGGGCACUCUGUUCACAACGUUGACAUCAGCAAACCACUCACCCACACAACGCCAUACAUGUGGUCUGUGGUUGUGAGGUCGGUUGGACGUACUGUCAAAUUCUCUAAAACGAUGUUGGAGGCAGCUUAUGGUAGAGAAAUGAACAUUCAAUUAUCUGGCAACAGCUCUGGUGGACAUUCCUGCAGUCAACAUACCAAUUGCACGCUCCCUCAAAACUUAAGACAUCUGUGGCAUUGUGUUGUUUGACAACAUUUUAGAAUGGCCUUUUAUUGUCCCCAGCACAAGGUGCCCCUGUGUAAUGAUCAUGCUGUUUAAUAAUCUUCUUGAUAUGCCACACCUGUCAGGUGCAUGGAUUAUCUUUGCAAAGGAGAAAUGCUCACUAACCGGGAUGUAAACAAAUUUGUGCACAAAGUUUGAGAGAAGUAAGCUUAUUGUGCAUAUGGAAAAUGUCUGCAAUCUUUUAUUUCAGCUCAUGAAACAUGGGAACAACACUUUAUAUGUUGUGUUUAUAUUUUUUGUUCAGUCUACUUUGUAUCCCUCAUUUACUCAAGUGUUUCCAUUAUUUGGGCAGUUACCUGUACAUAAAGUGCUUUCAUUUCUAAACGGUAAAACAGAUAUGUAUGAAAAUACUCUGAAAUAAAAGGUGACGUUCUGUACUGUCGCCUCAUGUGUAGCAACUGAAUAUUUGCCCUUUAACAUGUGGACUAAUGUAGAUGCAUAUAGUAUGUUUACAAACACGUAAAAGUAGUCUACGUUUACAAACACACUAAUUAUUUGAAGUAGCCCAACUUUUUUUUUGUAGACUGUAAUAACUUUUGAGCCUGGUUCCUCUCUAGGUUUCUUCCUAUGUUCCUCCUUUUCUAGAGAGUUUUUCCUAGCCACCGUGCUUCUACAUCUGCAUUGCUUGCUGUUUGGGGUUUUAGGCUGAGUUUCUGUAUAGCACUUUGUGACAUCUGCUGAUGUAAAAAGGGCUUUAUAAAUACAUUUGAUUGAUUUAUUUAAACAGGGGGAUGAAUUUGGAAUUCAUAUAGGCUAGGCCCCUAGUCUCCAAGUUCAUUCUAACAUUUUAAAGGCAGACGUUACGGAAUUAGAGUGGAACAAGGAAUUAACUGCAUUCUCUUUUGCUCAGGUAAUCCUUUGAUGGAUACCAAGGAUGUUAUACACCUGUACCAAGAGAUGCGGGGUAAGUACAUUUAAAUGCUUUAAAAUUAAUACAGUUGAAUGUCUUGCACAUAUGUCACACAAAUUAUUAUUCUUUCAAUAGAGGCAAAUUAUGUCAAAGACUGGAAAGCUGCCAUAUACUUAACACACAGUCAGCUAGGCCUACAGUAUCCGCCCGGAGAGCUUGCACCUGUGCACUGUGACCAGAUGUCACUCCUCCUGGCUGAGGAGACCCUGUCAGUCAGCCAGACGAUCAGCCCUUGGGAGUCCAAUGUCCCCUCCUGCGAGCCCAUGGGUGGGCCAGAUGAGCAGGCUCAGUCUCUGAGCAGUCCCCCUGGAGGAACCCACCAUGGAGAUGACGUUGGAGAUCAAUCCAGCCCAACCCACCCUGGAGAUCAACCCAGCUCAGCUGUGGAAUUGGAGGAGGCCCAGGCCGGGCCGGGUUCUGCUGUGCAGUCAGCUAUGUUCCAGAGAUUUCCGUCAGGGGACAGUCUACUGGAGGCCAACCAGUCUCCGGUCCUGAUCAGCACCUGCAGCGCCCCAACCAACAACACCAUCAUCAUCCACUCUGAGAACCUUCCGGAGACCAUUGUCUUCCACAGCGACAGCCGUCUAUCCUCAGGUGUGUCUUCCAGGAGUAGUUUGACCUGGAGUCUUUUGGUUGGUGAGGGGAAUAAGGUUUGGGUGAAUGACCCAACAGAGGUGAUGUCUGAUGAUGUGGUGGUGUUCCACAAAGUGCCCUCAAUGGACAACCUGCCUCGCAUGCCGUCUUCCAGAGAAGUCUUCUGUAAUGUGGAGGAGACUAACAGGGAACCAUCAAUGGAGGAGCUACUGGUGUCUCCAACUGCUUCUGUUGGCAGAGUUUCAGCAGUAGUGUCUGCUGCAAGACAUUCUGAAAGUGGUUUAUCAGGAAGAGCUUUCUCUGAAACAGAACUAGUUGAUGCAGCACACAGAGUGUCCUCAGUCAGGAUACCCAGUAGAGAGGAGAGAGUGAUGAGAACAGCAGAUACACCAGAAAGACACACGCCCUCAGUAUCUCCACAGGCAUCUUAUGUGUCAGGUAACAGAAUACAUUUACAUUUUAGUCAUUUAGCAGAUGGUCUUAUCCAGAGCAACUUACAGGAGCAAUUAGGGUUAAGUGCCUUGCUCAAGGGCAGAUCAACAUAUUUUUCACCUAGUCAGCUCGGGAUUCGAACCAGCGACCUUUCGGUUACUGGCCCAAUGCGCUUAUAGGUUACCUGCUGCCCAGAUUAAAAUCUCUCUAUAUCACAGUUCUAAAAAGAACAUAGUCACACGUGCAUUACAGCUUUUCUAUAUCUCUGUAUCUUCUGUUGAUUUCAAAAUAAAUGUCUGUGUUUUAUAGAGUGCCCAGUGAUGUUUGAAAAAGAGGACUGGUGUGUAAUCACCAUUCCCUCUUCUCCAGUGAAGAAAGCAGUCAAAUUCACCCCCUCCGAAGAGAUCUCACCUAUUACUUCACCCAGCAUAGAUAUAGCCUGGGAGGAGCUUCUGCAGACAUCAGAAUCCAUCAUUGAUAAAGUAGCCUUCAAUACUUUGGAGAUUGUAAACAAACAAUUACAAUGCUCAAGGAGGGAGAUCUCUGAAAUGGUCCCAUCUGACCCUGUGGUUGUGUCUCAGUCUCUAAACGCUUUCUCUUAUGACGAUCUCUCUUACUCACCUUCAGCUGUGGAGGAAUUCUCUACUGCCUCAGCAAGAUGCUCAGAAGGUGAUGUCACUGAAGAGUUCUCUACUGCCUCAGCAAGAUGCUCAGAAGGUGAUGGCACUGAAAGAGCUCGCUCUGAAACAGCAGUAGAGAGUGAAGCAAUCUCUGUGAGGGAGAUUUCACCAGCAGUGACUGCAAGGUGUUCUGCCAGUGACGUAUCAGAAAUAGUUCCCUCUGAAACAGCAGUUUUGGGAGCAGCAGUGCCAUCAAUGGAGGAGCUAUCAGAGUCACUAACUGUAUUUGCCUUUGUGGGUGGGAUUUCCCCAGCAGUGUCGGCCAAUGAUGUAUCAGAAAGAGCUCCCUCUGAAACAUCAGUAGUGGGAGCAGAGGCUCCAGAGAGACACACAUCUCUCAGUGUAUCUCCACAGACUUCAUUUGUGUCAGGUAUGUGUCACUUCCUCUAAAGGUAACUUACAAGCCUAAUAUUCCAUAAUAAAUAAAAAAUAAAAAAAUGUUGUUAGAGAAACAAAGUCAACUACUUUAUUUAGUCUCUCUAUCCAUAGCUCAUUCUGAGGAAUCACUGAAGGCUACAGACUUGUCAUCUCCAUCCAACCUGGCCAGGAUUCCCUCUGCAUAUCUCAGUGAUGGUGUGUCACCAGCAGUGUCUGCAAGAUGUUCUGCUAGUGACUUACUAGAAAGAGCUUCCUCUGAAACAACAGCGCCGAGAGUGAUCCCCUCUGCACCAUCAAUGGAUGAGCUAUUGGUAUUACCAACUGCUUCCGUUGUUGGGAUUUCAACAGCAGUGUCUGCAAGAUCUUCAAGAGUUAGUUUUGCAGAAAGAGCUCCCUCAGAAACAGCAGUGGAGGGGGUAAGAUAUUCUGAAAGUGGUUUAUCAGGAAGAGCCUUCUCUAAAACAGAACUAGUUGAUGCAACACACAGAGUGUCCUCAGUCAGGCUACCCUUUAGAGAGGUGAGUGUGAUGAGAACAGCAGAGACACCAGAGAGACACUCAUCUCCCAGAGUAUCUCCACAGACAUGUUCAGUGUCAGGUACAGUAGUCAUCCAAUCUCUGUGAUAUACUUCUAAUGAGGUCCAUGUUACUAUUUCUGGUAAAAUGUUUAAGAAAAUGUCAGUGUAACAUCACAACAUACUCAAAUAUUUUAUUUUUUCUGUCUUUCCUCAACACGUUUAAUCUACUACAACAGCUACAGGCUUGUCAUCUAAGUACAGCCUGUCCAGGGUCCCCUCUGUGUCUCUCAGUGAUGGUGCAGCAGAGUCAGUUUCUAUGGAAGUCAUCUCUGAUGUGGAGGAUAUUUAUACAGCACCAUCAAUGGAGCAUAUUGUGUCUUCAACUGCUGCUGUUGUCGGCAUUUCACCAGCGGUGUCUGCUAGAUGUUCCUCAAAUGACAUGUCUGGAAGAACUUGUUUCGAAACAGCAGUAGUGGGAGCAGAGAUACCAGAGAAACACACCUCUCCAAAAGUUUCUCCACAGACAUCUUUAAUGUCAGGUACAAUGUAUUAUUAAAUACAUUUAGAAAGCUGCAUUAAUAAGGUCCAUAUCACCUUUUUGGUAAAAGUGGGAAGUUUAAAAUAUUGUUCUAAUUUUUACUUUGUCUCCCCAACUCUAGCUCAUGUUGGUCAAUCUAUGAGUGGUACAGACAUUUCACCAAAAUCUAGUCUGGAUGGGUUUUCCUCUAUUGGUGAAAGAGCAGCAGAAUCAGCUUCUAGCGAAGUGAUGUAUAUGGAGGAGAAGUAUAAAGCAUCAAUGGCAGAACUACCAGGGUCUCCAGCUGCUGUUGGAGGCACUUCACAAGCAGUGUCUGCUAGAUGUUCACAAAGUGACAUAGCAGAAAGAGUCCCCUCUGAAACAAUAGUAGGGAGACACACAUCUUCCAGAGUUUCUCCACAAACAUCCGUGAUCUCAGGUAAGUUUUCAGCUAUCUUGAAUGAAAUAUAAGGUUGUUAUGUCAGUAUUAUGGCCGAAAUGAAUUGUGAAAUACCACAGAAUACUCAAAUAAUUCAAUCUGGUCUGUCUUUUCACAACUCAUGUUGAUGUUACUCCAACAGCUACAGGCUUGUCAUCUAAGUUCAGUCUGGCCAGGGCUCCCUCUGUGUCUCUCAGUGAUGCUGCAACAGAACCAGCUCAGAUAGACAACAAAACACUGUCAAUGGAUGAGCUUAUGACGUCUCCAUUGUAUUCUCAUUGUUCUCCAGCCGGUUCUGAAAGUGACUUAUUAGGCUUAUUAAAAAGAGCUCCCUCUGAAACAGCAGUGGAUGGAGCACACAGAGUGUCCUUGGUAAGGAUACCCAGUAGAGUGGAGAGUGUGAUGAGAACAGCAGAGACACCAGAGAGACACACAUUUCCCAGAGUUUCUCCACAGACUUCUUUUACAGGUGUUGUUUCUGAUAUGACAGUUUUCUACAGAGAUUCAUCUAUGGGAGAAUUACCUCUUUCUCCAUCUGUUGGUGAGGAACUUGUGGAGGAGGCUUACGAAGUACCAUCAAUGGAGAAGAAGGAGAUUUCAUUUGCUUCGGUUGGUAGACUUUCACCAAUAGUGUCUGCAAGACAUACUGGAAGUGGUUUAACAGGAAGAGCUUUCUCUGAAACAGAAUUAGUGAGACCAGAGACACCAGAGAGACACACAUCUCCCAGACUUUCUCCUAGAGUUUCUCCACAGUCCAGUCUGGCCAGGAUUUCCUCUGCACCAUCAAUGGAGGAGCCACGGAUGUCUCCAACUGCUUCUGUUGGUAGACUUUUACCAGUAAUGUCUUCUGUAAGAUAUUCUGGAAGUGGUUUAUCAGGAAGAGUUUUCUCUGAAACAGAACUAGUUGAUGCAGCACACAGUGUGUCCUUAGUCAGGAUACCCAGUAAAGAGGAGAGUGUGAGGAGAAGAGCAGAGACACCAGAGAGACACACAUCUCCCAGAGUGUCUCCUAGAGCAUCACAAAGAGUUUCUCCACAAAUCUCUCUUGUAUCAGGUACAAUUGUCAUCCAUACUCUGAAGAAUGCUCUACUAAUACGAUUUUUUGGGGGUAAAAAUUGGCAAAACCUGUAAGGUGAAAUGUAAACUAUAUGUGCUUAAUUUUGUAUCUCCAUCCACAGCUCAUGUUGGUGAAUCUCUGUCUGGUACAGCCAUUUCUCCACAUUUCAGUCUGCCUAGGAUUCCCUCUGCACCAUCAAUGGACAGACCCACAUCUCCCAGAGUUUCUCAAAGAGUUUCUCUACAAUCCAGUCUGGCCAGGAUUCCUUCGGCACAAUCAGUGGAGGAGCUACUGGUGUCUCCAUCUACUUCUGUUGGAAGAAUGUCACCAGCAGUUUCCAGAAGAUCUUCAAAAAGUAGUUUAUCAGAAAGAGCUCCUUCUGAAACCAUCAUAAGAUAUUCUGAAAGUGGUUUAUCAGGAACAGAACUAGUUGAUGCAGCACAGAGAGUGUCCUCAGUCAGGAAACCCAGUAGAGAGGAGAGUGUGGGGAGAAAAGCAGAGACACCAGAGAGACACACAUCUCCCAGAGUUUCUCCUAGAAUGUCUCCCAGAACUUCUCCCAGAGUUUCUCCACAAUCCAGUCUGGCCAGGAUUUCAUCUGCACCAUCAAUGGAGGAGCAGCUGGUGUCUUCAACUGCUUCUGUUUGCAGGAUUUCACCUGCAGCAGCAAUGGAAGCAGCACACCAAGAAGAGAGUGUAGGGAGAACAGCAGAGGCACCAGAGAGUCACACAACUCCCAGAGUUUCUUUCAGAAUAUCUCCACAGACAUCUAAGACAAGCGUCCUUUCUGAUGUGGCAGUUUUGUACAGACCAUCCAUGACUGCAGGACUUUGUCUUGAGGUUUUAGACAUUGAGUCUGACCAGGUGAAUACGUCAAUGAGUGACAUCAGAGCACAAUUUCCCUCUGACACUGCUGCAAUGGAGACAGUACACAGAGAGUCCUCAGGGAGGAUACCCAGAAGAGAGGAGAGUGUGAGGAGAACAGCAGAAACGUAAACAUCUUAUGCAUCAGGUUAAUAUCAAGAUUAAUUCAUAACUGAAAUAUUAUUAACAGAAACUCUUUUCUAAAUAUUUAUCUUCCUAAUCGCAUAGGAGUAUUGGACAACAGCACACAGGUUUCACAAACGUCAAUCCGCCUUUGUGAAGAGGUGACUGCCUACCCUACAGAAGUGCAGCAGGGGACCCUGAGACUUGGAGUUUAUCUAGGAGUUUUUCCAGCCAAUGUUGUUGGGCCUCAAAACAAUAGAACUCAAAACACACGUUCACAGGGUGUGCAGACUAUUCUAGGUAAUCUUUAAUAAUUGUUCAAUCAUAUUUUGAAAUAUGUGUGUAUUGAAGAUAUUUGUGGAUUUUUUCCCCUCCAAUAUAUUUGUGGAAAUUAUGAUGUUCACUUUUGAUGUUGCAUUCUAUUGUCAUAUUAGAUUAUCAUGGCCCGCCCUCACAGAGCGUUCCUAUUGGAGCAGGACACAUCACUCAUGAUGCUCAGCCCGCCCGCGAGAAUUACACCAAUCAGGUCUGGACACUCUACCACUUGGCCAAUGAGACAGAAGAGGGCACACUGUCCACUAAAGUUAUCUCUCAGCCUCCAUACAAUAGCAGUGCUUACAUUUGCAACUUUGGGCCUGGCCAUGUGUUACUGGCAGAGAGGUCCCCUUCCCCUCAGCAAUCUGAAGCCCAGUCCUGGAGUGGCCAACCCAGACAACAGCCCCAGCUCCAGCCCCAGCCACCACCCUUCCCAAUGAGCCCAAGAAGGGCCUUCACACACAUGGCACAGCCCUCAACCCUCUCCACUCCUUCUCUACCCCAGAUCAGCAUCCCCAACUUCUUCAUGCAUCCCCAACUUCUUCCUGUGUCUCUGGACAAGAGCGUUCGUAGCGUUCCAACCGCGAUGCAGACCAGGUGGAGGUCUGCUGCAGUCAGGUCGGAUGACCCCCCGGGGUACCUGUCAUUCUCCGUUCCCAUGGAGACGGUGAGCGGAGGUUCUGGUCAGGACCAGUUCCUUCAGGUCAUCAGUGAUGAGGGGAACACUGUUUACUCCCCCGCUCUCAUACGUAUC